UUCAGUCAUUGAUUGAGUGAUUGUUUUGUGUCAACAAAUGGUCUCUCAAUUUGAGUGAUAAUUACCGCCGAAGACCAGCGCUCAAGACCUGAUCCCAAUCAAAGUGAUGCCAAUAAACGCUAAUCUCAACGACACGCCGACCGAAGAGCCCGACUCGGGUCAAGUGUCGGCCGCGGAAGUGCCCAUCAAUCACAUGAUGGACGGAACCGAUGACAGCGACUUCGAUGACGACACCAGCGAAGACUCCAACGAUCGGUACUACGAGCUGUUGGCCACUCAAGAGCCGCCCACAGCCACCGGCGGCGGUUCCGCCACCAGUUAUUAUCAACACAAUUAUGUCGUCCAAUGGGUUGAUUGGGAUCAAUACGAGGACAGCGUUGAACAACAGACCACAGAUGACACCAAUCAGACCACAUCUCAAUCAUCCAGUGAUACCACAUCUCAACCAUCAACUCAUCCAUCCAUUAGCCACUCAACGGCCGAGUCUUCCAGCGAUGGACACAUAGAUCUAAGCGAUGAUCGGAUCAAUGAAAUUAAGACUAUUAUGACUGGCAUUGAGUUACCGAAAGAUAACAUUCCUCUUUGGGCUAAAGAUCUGCCCGAAGAUCAGUGGAAGUCAUUCAUCGCCAGUAAAUCGCAUGACAAACACAAUUAGAUGUUAAGCCAAUUGUUGAUCAUUUAAAUUGAAAAAUACAGUAAUUAUGUAAAUGACAUCUAUUUACAAGACAUCGAGAUUUAGACCAUGAUUUAGACCAUGAUUUAAAGC